CGAGUCUUAUCGUAGCUUGGCUUGAACAAAAACCAUACACACACUUUCUUCUCCUUUAAGCUCGCAAUGACCAAUCCUUCACCGAACCCAACCACCGUCAAAUUCCUUUGUAGCUACGGCGGCAGAAUCAUUCCACGUUAUCCCGAUGGCAAACUCCGUUAUCACGGCGGCAAUACACGUGUCCUCUCCGUUCCUCGCUCCAUAUCCUUCACCGAGUUGGCGAAGAAACUCGGCGAGAUCUGCGGGAUAACGGUGAUAAGUCUCCGGUGUCAGUUACCGACGGAUGAUCUCGACGCUCUCAUAAACAUAACAUCCGACGAGGAUUUAAAGAAUCUCAUGGAAGAAUACGACAACGAUACUACGGCUCCGUCGCUUAAGAUCCGCGCCUUCCUUUCUCCGGUAAAAUCAACCACGACGAAGACCUCGUCUCCUCCGCUUUCAACGGCGUCUUCUUCUUCUUCUUCUUCUAAUUCUUCGUCAAAAUCAUCAUCUCGCUCUCGCUCUCCUCCGUCGCCAUCGUCAACUGUAAAUCGGGAAACAUGUCCGGUCUGCGUAGAGAGAUCGAUCCGUAACAAUGGAUGCUACGUUCAUAGAAGUCCGAGCCAUAACCAAUUCUACCAAGUCCACAACUGAAAGAUCACCACAAGCCAAAAGUGAACCCGAGAGUUUUAGAUGUAAUCGAGUUUGUUUAAGUUAAUCCGGUUGUUUUGUGAUUAGUGGGUUGUGUUAUAUAUAUUGUGCUUCACCAUAUAUAAUAAGUGAAGUUGUAAGCACUUGUUCAUUUACAAUCAAUAACAUAAAAUCUUCGACUAA